AUGCUUCUUGGUCUUCCGGAAGCGCUGCCGAAGCUCGUGGAGGCUAAGUUUGCCUCUGCAUUAUCCUCCAAGAGCUUGAUUUUCUCCCAUACUGAGCUCGCCGUUAUCCGGACUACCACCGGAGUACCGUUUCAACUCCGCUAUUGUCCUGCCCUUGCGAGGAAGCCGAAACCAAAGGAGGACCACAAUGCGCCGACCAAGAAGCCUGAUCCCUUCGACAAUCCCCCAGCAGAGCUGUGGAUAGCAGACGUACCGGCCAACAACCCGACCCACUUGCUCGUUCUGAACAAGUACCCAGUCAUCGCGGAGCACUUUAUCCUCGCAACAAAGCUCAAUAAGCAGCAAACGCACCUGCUGGAGCAGGAUGACCUGGAAGCAGCCUACGCUUGCCUGAAGGCGUGGAGAGACGCGAAGGACAACGGCAAGGAACGGAGGCUGUUCGCCUUCUUCAACUCUGGAGACCAUAGUGGAGCCAGCCAAGCGCACCGACAUAUACAGUUCUUGCCCGUGGAGAGCAUGGCCAAGGAGCAGGAACAGCAGGGCUGGAAGCCGCUUGUGGAUGCAAUUGAAGCGUCAGACUCAACGGGCACGUCAGGCUUCAGGACGCUCCCAAGCCUUCCAUUCGCCCAUCUCGGCCUGCAACUGCCCACAGAGCCGACAGGAAAGCAACUACACAAGUCCUAUAGAGACCUUCUAGAUGCUGCCUCUCACAAGGUACGAGACUACAUAGCGAAGCAGCCCGGCACUCUUGAGCUGCAUUCCGAGCUUCAUCCGUCAGAAGGACAUUCCUCGCCAAUAAGCUACAACCUCGCCAUGACCACGAGCGCAUUGGUAAUUUGCCCCCGAAAGCAAGGCGGUGACAUGCUGCGGCGGGGUGACGGGUCUGAGGUGGGCAACGUGGAGCUCAAUGGCACGAUACUAGCAGGCACGUUGAUGGUGAAGGCAGAGGAGGAGUGGGAGCUCCUGAAGCAGGAACCGCUCAAGUUGGACGCGUUGCUCGAGGCUGUCGGUAUCCCUCAGAACGUAUCAGGAAGUUCGGUAGAUGGGAACAAGCUGUAG